AUGUCAAUCAACAUCGUAAGAAGGUCCAAUCGAUUACUGGUUGGUGGUAGUAAACCAAGAUGUUUCACUACUUCCAUACGUGCUCUUCGACCUUUCCCCACCACACCUAAACAAUCUUCCACGACAGCGGUACAACCUCAUCCUAAACCACCAUCAACAUCAUUCCAUCCUGUAAAAACAUCCAUUUUCACUCCGUUAGAUACCUUCUUACCUCGUCAUCUUGGUCCUCGUCAAUCAGAUGUUGAGUCCAUGUUAUCCACCCUCGGGUAUAAAUCAAUGGACGAAUUCGUCGAUGAUACGAUCCCACGAGGUAUCAGAACUGAUAAAUUAACCGAUAAGGAAGAUGACGGAAAUGGUAUACGUCCUUUUAGUGAACUUGAACUAGCAAGAAGAGUUGGAGAAGUAGCUAGUUUAAAUAAACCUAUGAAGAGUUACAUCGGUAUGGGAUAUCACAAUGCAAUUGUGCCGCCUGUCAUCCAGAGAAAUGUUCUCGAAAACCCCGCUUGGUACACCGCCUACACACCUUACUCGCCCGAACAAUCUCAAGGUCGACUUGAAUCACUCGUCAAUUUCCAAACCGUUGCAAUCUCCCUUACCGGUCUUCCAAUCGCCAAUGCAUCUUUACUUGACGAAGCUACUGCCGCGGGAGAAGCGAUGGCCAUGUGUCUCGCUUCUGUACCCAAGAACAAACUUUCGAAAGGCAAGAAGGUAUUCCUAGUUUCACCCUCUGUCGCACCCCAGACUAUCGCUGUUCUCGAAACCAGAGCCAGUGGAUUUGGAAUCGAAUUAAAAGUUGCUGAGAGUAACGAAACUUUCGUUGAGGAAGUUGCUAAAUUAGGAGAAGAGAAACUUAUGGGUGCUCUAGUUCAAUAUCCAGAUGUUAACGGUGCUAUCGGAGAUUGGGCCGAGGUAGCUUCAAAAGUAAAGAGCACAGGUGCCAAAAUGGUAGUUGCAAGUGAUUUAUUAGCUUUGACUAUGCUUAAACCUCCUGGAGAAUGGGGCGCGGACAUCGUCUGCGGUAAUUCCCAACGAUUCGGUGUUCCCGUUGGAUAUGGUGGUCCUCACGCUGCAUUCUUCGCCUGUACAGACGAUAUGAAGCGAAAAAUGCCCGGUCGAUUGGUUGGUUUGAGUAAAGAUUCCAGAGGUCUCCCUGCAUAUCGAUUAGCCCUGCAAACUCGAGAACAACACAUCCGACGAGAGAAAGCAACUUCCAAUGUCUGUACCGCUCAAGCACUCCUCGCCAAUAUGACCGCUAUGUACGCCGUCUACCAUGGUCCUGAAGGUCUUCGACAAAUCGCUGGAAAGGUACACUCUCUCACUCGAAUCCUUUCCGAAUCCCUCUCUUCCCUCGGCUUCACAACCGUCAACAAGACUUACUUCGACACUCUCACUAUUGAUGUUUCCACUGCCGGCCUCACAGCUGCUCAAGUUCACGAAGAAUCGGUCAAGGCUGCUAUCAACUUCCGAUCAAUUGACGAGAAGACAAUCGGUAUUACUCUUGACGAAAGUGUUGGUCCUCUCGACUUGACCGACAUUGUUAAUGUCUUUUACCGAGCUAAGGGUGAACACACCAUUGAUCCUGAAAACCUCGAACAACUCGCUCAAAAACUUGAAUUAACUUCCGAAUCAGUCAAUUCACCAAUCGCUAAUCUCGCUCGAUCAAGUAAAUUCCUCACUCAACCCGUCUUCAACAAACAUCAUUCCGAAACUCACAUGCUUCGAUACAUGAUGCAUCUCCAAGAAAAAGAUUAUUCAUUGGUACACGGUAUGAUCCCCUUAGGGUCAUGUACUAUGAAAUUGAAUUCUACUUCCUCAAUGGUACCUUUAUCAUGGAAAGAGUUUGGUGGUAUUCAUCCUUUUGCUCCUAGAGAUCAAGUCAAAGGAUAUGAAAUCCUCAUUAAAGAAUUAGAAGAUGAUUUGUCCCUUGUCACUGGAUAUGACGCUACUUCAGUUCAACCAAAUUCAGGUGCAUCAGGUGAAUACGCAGGAUUAAAAGUUAUUCAAGCAUAUCAUGAGUCAAAGGGUGAAGGUCAUCGAGAUAUAUGUCUCAUCCCACUUUCCGCUCAUGGUACAAAUCCAGCUUCAGCAGCAAUGGUUGGAUACAAAGUAGUACCUAUCAAAGCACUCAACGAUGGUUCACUCGAUUUGGUUGAUUUGAAAGAAAAAGCUGAGAAGCAUAAAGACAAUCUUGCUUCCUUCAUGGUUACUUAUCCAUCCACUUUUGGUGUAUUUGAAGAGGGUAUCGAAGAAGCUUGUCAAAUCGUACAUGACAACGGUGGUCAAGUUUACGUCGAUGGUGCAAACUGUAACUCUCUUGUUGGUUUGACUUCUUUGGGUCGAGUUGGCGGUGAUGUCAGUCAUACCAACCUCCACAAAACCUUCUCGAUUCCCCAUGGUGGUGGUGGACCCGGUGUUGGACCGAUCUCAUGUAAAUCUCAUCUCGCGCCAUUCCUUCCUACCCAUCCUCUUAUCGCUACCGGUGGAUCCACACCUAUCCCAGCUGUAUCAGCCGCACCAUUCGGUUCAGCAAGUAUCAACACUAUCUCAUGGGCGUACAUCAAAAUGUUAGGUGGUGAAGGUUUAACCGAAGUAUCCAAAAUCGCUUUAUUAAACGCAAACUACAUCGCAGAGAGAUUAAGACCUUAUUACAAUGUACGAUACUCUAACAAGAACGGUAGAGUAGCACAUGAAUGUUUAGUUGAUUUGGCAGAAUUCGAAAAAUCUGCUGGAUUGAAAGUACCCGAUUUCUCUAAAAGACUACAAGAUUAUUCGUUCCAUCCUCCAACUGCGCAAUGGCCAACUUCAACUUGUUGGUUAAUUGAGCCCACUGAAAGUGAAUCUAAACAAGAACUUGAUAGAUUCAUCGACGCCCUGAUCUCAAUUCGAAAGGAAGUAGAUGAGAUCGUAUCUGGCGAUCAACCGAAAGACAAUAACGUAUUCAAGAACGCCCCUCAUCCUCUAAGUCUUUUGACUGAAGAUAAGUGGGAUAGACCAUAUUCAAGAGAAAAGGCUGUUUUCCCUGUAUCUUCUUUGAGGAGAAACAAGUUCUGGCCUACUGUAGGAAGAGUCGAUGAUGCCGCUGGUGAUCUUAACCUCAUCUGCGAAUGUGGUUCAGUAGAAGAAUACGCUUAG